CCGCGCUCGGGCCCUCGCGCUGCACGCGCAGCUACCCGGGCGGCGGCCAUGGGCAAGGACCGGCAGCCCCGCGGCCAGAAGAAGCAGGGGGGGCCGCCGGCCGCGGACGCCGCCGGGCCCGACGACAUGGGGCCGAAGAAGGGCAAGGGGGCCCCCAAGGAGUGCGGGGAGGAGGAGGCCCGGACGUGCUGCGGCUGCCGGUUCCCACUGCUGCCCGCCCUGCUGCAGCUGGCCCUGGGCAUCGCCGUGACCGUGGUGGGCUUUCUCAUGGCGAGCAUCAGCUCCUCCCUGCUAGUCAGAGACACUCCAUUUUGGGCUGGGAUCAUUGUCUGCUUAGUGGCCUAUCUUGGUUUGUUUAUGCUUUGUGUCUCAUAUCAAGUUGACGAACGGACAUGUAUCCAGUUUGCUAUGAAACUGUUGUACUUUUUGCUGAGCACCCUCGGCUUGACGGUCUGUGUGCUGGCUGUGGCGUUUGCUGCCCACCACUAUUCGCAGCUCACACGGUUUACCUGUGAAACCGCACUCAACUCCUGCCAGUGCAAACUGUUCUCCUCAGAGACAUUCAGCAGGACCUUUGUGUACCAGGAUGUGACUGACUGUGCCAGCAUCACUGGCACUUUCAAACUGUUCUUACUCAUCCAGAUGAUUCUUAACGUGGUCUGCAGCCUUGUGUGCUUGUUGGCCUGCUUUGUGAUGUGGAAACACAGGUACCAGGUCUUUUAUGUGGGUGACAGGAUAUGCUCCCUAACAACUUCCGAAGGCCAGCAGCAAACAGUCUAACAUUCUUUCUCAAAGGUGGGAGAGAAAACACACUAACUAGCUGAGGUUCAAGAAAAAGAGAGAGAGAAAGAAAAGGAAGAAAGAAAAUAAAACUUUUGACAAUAAUUAAUAUUCACCAUUCUAAAUGAAUAUUUUUAUAUUUUUCAGGAAAUGAAAGAGCAUUUCUAUAGUAUUUUCAAAAAUUCUUAUGGGGAAAAUAAGGUCCAAAUUGACUUUGAGAUAUUCAAAGGACACUGAAGAGGGAAAGAAUGGCAUACAUCUAUCUUCACAGUCUGGAGUUUAUUCCUAACAUUCAUUUUAUCCGUUACUGAUAUAAUCUUCUUUCCUGUUAGCCCAGUUUGAUGGUGUGAAUUGGUGUUCCAGGCCCACUUGCUAAAUUCUGUAGUCUUUCCCAGGCCUUCCCACCUCCCACCAUUAUCCUCAGUAUGUUUUGGGGAAUUUCUGGACAGCCAGGUUGACUUUAUUUUCCCUGGUAGACGUGUCUUCAAGGCAUGAGACAGCUUAAAGGAGCAAAGUGGAAAAGGAAGAGACUUUGCAAAAGGCUAAAUAAUUAUAAACGCCUGGGUGGGGCGGGGGCCUUUUCUCCUCAGCUCCCGUUAUUGGCUCUGUAAGUAGAUCACUUGCUUAAUGCUUUGGAUGAUUGUCUGCUUCUCAAUAAUUGGAAGUUGGUGGUAGCUGUAUUCUUAAUGAUGUAGAAGGUUUAAGAAUAAUUACAUUAUGCUUCUAUUCUAUCAUCUAAAACAAAUCAUUAAAACUAAUUUCUAGCUAAUUGUUAAUUAUAAUUAUGCUCAGAAGUCUAUUUAAUGAGCCCUGGCUGUGCUUGUGUAGCACUGUCGGUAUUAGGAGAAAUUACUCUCACAAGAGAGGAGGCGUAAAGAUUCUUUCUUCUGAAAGCCAAGCUUUACAAGGGAGAAAAAAAUUUUUUUUUAAUAAUAGCUCAGGUUAAAAAUACUCAUUUAAGUGAAAACAAGAGCAUAUGUAAUGGGAAACGUUUAUACAAAUAGCACAUUUGUGAUAUGUUGUGAAGUCUCUCUCUUGGCAGCUAAGUACUUUUGAGAAAGAUUGGGUAAUGCUGAUGUGUUCCAUUCAUGAAACUGUAUCUGAUAUGUAAUCCUAUUAUUGAUUUGUAUGCACAUUCAACCUACAGACUUCAACUAAUGUUUUGAAGUCCUGAUUCGAGCAUAUGCCCGUUGACUCGGGGGGUAGUUUUGUACUGUUUUGUUUUUAGGUGACUUUAACUUUAAAAAGCACACAUACCCUAUGGUAGGAGUCUUUUCUCUCUUAUUGUUUUUAUUAUUAAAUUUUGAACAAUAUCAAUGUUUUAAGGAAGGAGCUUAGAAUGCAAAUUCAUGCAGCGAAAAUGUUAUCAAGAACUUUCUCUAUUAGUAUCCUCUGUUGAAAGCAGAAAUUCAAGAUAAUUGAACUCGAUUUGCCUCUCCACAUUGCCUAUUGAUAUGCUUUACUAAUCAUGAAAUUCUACCCUAAAAGAAAAUCAUUUUCUUCCUUGCCUUAGAAGAUAGAUGAAUAAUUCCAUUGAUUAUGAUAAUAGUGUCAAUUUCUACACAUACCCAAAUAAAAGGGAUAACGCGAAGUCAUUUAAUUGGAGGAUUGUAAAUAUCUUUUGUGUCCUCCAGAUAAAACACCUGAUUAACAGAUGGUAAAAUCUUUUUAUGUAUUGUCUUGCUUUAAAAGUGUCCUUCCUACAUAUUGGCUCAGGCCAAGAAGGCACACUGGAAUGCUUAGUGGAUAAGACUCUGGGGCAGUUUUGAUCACAAACAAAAAUUACAUUGACAGAACACCAGACAUCCUGAUGAUGACCUGAAAAAUACUUUGUGCCCCAUUAAAAAAAAAAAACAAAUCCCAAUAACUGAAUCCAUUUUGAUUUUGCCAGUUUCCUACAUAAAGAAGAAAAUGACUGAAAAUCUGAAAGGUUGUAGGCUGUUCUUUAAAGAAUGAGAAACUAGUGCUUUAAUGCUAAUUACUAUGAAUCAGGCGCUACUAGAAACACACGCUGAAUACCUUUAACAACUUUUUAUAGUAAAUGCUACAGAUUUUUAUAUUAGAAAAUUGAAAUUCUACACAUCUCUAAGGUGCUUUAUGCUUUACAAGCAAUUCACAGGGUAUGUCAAGUGGUAGAAUAACUUUAGCUUACGUGCUUCCUUUUUUAAAAUAAUGCAACCAAUAAGAACAGACAUGGUGAUAAUAAUCAGUUUAUGUCUAUAUAUACAUGCAAUAUAUAAAAUGGGGAUUUUGCUACUGUGUAACUGAAUCAGUCUUAAAUCUCCAAAGAAAGAAAAAAAUCCUAAGUGAAAGAAGGAACAGAAAAAUGGGAAAGAAACAAAAGAUUCCUGUUCUGCAGACUCGCUGUGUAUUGAUACACAUAAGAAUUGUGUUGCAUGAAUAACAAACUGCUUUGGGCUGGAUUUGAAGUAUUUUGAGUUUGUGUUUUGCAAAUAUUGAAGUUACAAUAACGGCAACAGAAAAGGAACAGACACACAGAUUUACACUUAGCAAAAUGUUACACUUUAAAUCUGACAAGGAGCCAAGAUGGUGACUGUCUCCUCGAAACCAUAAAGCAGUCAGAUUUGCGCAAUCCUCCUCCUCUUCCACCUCCUUCAGGAGAACUACAUGAAUCAAGACUUCGGAAAGAGGGGGAACAGCCGGGACUUGGCAGUACUUGAAAUAGGAGGAAUACAGCAGCCUAAAUGUACAGACUUUGUAACCGAGCCCACUCGAUCGGUCUGUGCCUCCACGUGACCACCAUCUGUGCCUCCCUUGCUCCAUCCAAAUUUGUGUAGGCAGCUCCUUGGAGCCAAGCCUAAAAAUAUAGCUACACCAGGCCCUAGAAACUGUAGUCAAGGAACAGGCCUAACUUUUUUCCCUCUUUGGAUUAAAAGUCUGUAUGAUCUCUUUUGAGGGGUUUCCAGCUGCACACGUUAAUGUGUUGUUCUGACAGUGAGAGCCCAUUGUAUGUGUGUUUUCUAUUUGUGUCCAGAACAUCAGAAUCUUUUGAUAUUCUUGCGCUGCAGUAUAUCUGGAAUAUGUUUAUAGAUUUAUAGUAAAGGGCGGGAGGUAGAGGGUCUACCAGGGAGAUUCUGAGGGACAACAGUGGAGUGGUUAUUUAAGGAUAAUCGGAAAGGAAUUUACAAGAUGCCCUGAAAAACCAAUCGUAUACUACCAUGAAGCAAACGUUUAUAUUUUCUAGCGUUUGUCUCUGAACUAUUGCUAUGUGGCCAUAAAUUUCUGUAAAUCGCGCUGACUCUUGGUUCUCACCAUACUCGAAGAACUCUAUCGUGUUUUUAGACGUAUACUGUAUAUUUGGGAUGGUGUUAAAAAGAGCUGAUGGCCAAAUUUAUUGAGCCACGGUGGAAACAUUCAUUUGGAUGAAGGCUCAGUAGUUCAGCCUGUGAAAUAAAUACCUUGAUUCAUUUCUUCUAAUUUUCUAGCACUUUACUAUCUGAAAUAAUAUUGAGAAAUCAUUUCAUUGUCAAAAAUAUUGGUCUGUACUUUGGUGUUGCAAUUUCAUUCUUCUGGCAUUGAUGAUACCGUGAAUCGAGAACAAAGUGUUUCCUCCGUGUUUGAGGUGGUUGUUUUUAAAGGGGAUGCGUAUAAUGCAGAUUUUCUUUGUCAAUAAAAUUCUUAUAAUCUC